AUGCAGUCAGACGAUGAAAACUGUACGUUGCAUACAUGCUUCGACUUCCUGAAAACCGCAGUCAUGGGGUGCUGCUAUAGUAUAUGCCACAAUGAUUCAGAUCCUCAGGAUAAUGUCCCUAACGAAAGGACACAUCUUCUUGAGGUCCCUGAGCAGCAGCAGGAAUCACCAUCCCCAACCAUGUGUGCUUCUACACCUCCUCGAAAACCAGACGAGCAGAGUGCUCUAAAUAGGAUACUACAUGAGACUGCUACUAAUGUAAUAGAUGUGGGCGCUUUAGGCCCAUACUCGCUAGAAGCUAAUGCGUAUAGUGAAAGAGUGAGAGCCUACACAGCCCGAGCAGCUUCAGCAGCACUAACUCCACCGAUACCUGUAAAAUUAUUAGCUGACGUUCCACCGACCCUUUCCAAAGUGAUUCUCAAUGGUCCACCACCGGAUUGUGCAGAUAAGGAUCUGAUAACGAAUGCAGUGAAGAAAGCCGCGGCAGCCAUCUCCGAGCUCAGGGUGGAGCAUCACGAAGACUUGGUGGUGCCCUUCAGAGUGCCAUAG